CAUCAUCUGCGCCUGACUAUAUAUAGACGGCCGGGCACUUCCCUCCACGGUCACCAAGAACAAACCAACGAAGACACAAGCUAUAAUCUUAGCGGAGACCUCGAGGCACCAGAAAAUGGCCGGAGGCGACGACCUGAAGCUGCUCGGCAUGUGGGCGAGCCCGUUCGUGCUGCGGGUGAAACUCGCGCUCAGCCUCAAGGGCCUGAGCUACGAGUACGUCGAGGAGGAUCUCAGGAACAAGAGCGAGCUCCUCCUCAAGUCCAACCCCGUCCACAACAAGGUUCCCGUGCUCAUCCACGACGGGAAGCCCGUCUGCGAGUCGUCGGUCAUCCUGCAGUACAUCGAUGAAGCCUUCGCCGGCACCGGCCCGCCACUCCUCCCCGCCGACCCCUACGAACGCGCCAUCGCUCGCUUCUGGGCUGCCUACAUCGAUGACAAGAUGCUGGCCGCUUGGACCCAGGCGUCGAGGGGCAAAACAGAGGAGGAUAGGGCUGAGGGAAUGAAGCAGUCUCUCGCCACGGUGGAGACCCUGGAGGGAGCCCUGAGGGAUUGCGGCAAGGGGAAGCCAUUCUUCGGCGGCGACAACGUCGGGUACGUGGACGUCGUGCUCGGCGGCAUGCUCGGAUGGGUGCGAGCAAAUGAAGAGCUGCAGGGCGCCAAGCCCUUCGACCCCGAACGGACUCCGCUCCUGGCGGCGUGGGCGGACCGCUUCUGGUCGCUGGAAGCCGUCGAGCCAGUCAUGCCCGACGUGAGCAGGUUGAUCGAGUUCGGCAAGGCCCGUCAAGCGGCUGCGGCCGCCGGUGCAGGCAACCCAUCGGUGGACCCUGAGCCCAAGGCCUACCAGCGCACCUUCUAUGCGCUGGCCAACGUCUUCCCCCAGCUCUCGUGGGAGACCCUACUCCCCCUGGAGAGUGAGUUCUGGGACCCUACGAUGGACCUCGAGCGCAGGCUCUGCCUCAACCCCGUGGACCCCACGUUCGUCGGUGUGGCGGAGUACGCGCCGGAAUCCUUCCACGACCUCUUAGAGAUCAACUUUGUGAGCAGCUCCUCGUCGGAGGUGGACCUCGUCCACCGUGAUAACCUGUUGAGGGAGUGGUUCAUGCGAAGCUCGCGGAGCACACCCCUCCUGACGGGCUGCGCGCACAGUCAAUAUAGCAAAAUGGCCGGAAGUGGUCAUGAGCUGAAACUGCUCGGCACCUGGGCAAGCCCGUUUGCUCUCCGAGUGAAGCUCGCGCUCGGCUUCAAGGUCCUGAGCUACGAGGACGUCGAGGAGGAUCUCCGCAACAAGAGCGACCUCCUCCUCAGCUCCAACCCGGUGCACGAGAAGGUGCCCGUGCUCAUCCACAACGGCAAGCCUAUCUGUGAGUCGCAGAUUAUCGUGCAGUACAUCGACGAGGCCUUCGUUGGCACUGGCCCCUCCCUGCUUCCUGCUGACCCAUAUGAACGCGCCAUUGCUCGCUUCUGGGCCGCCUACGUCGACGACAAGCUCUUGGCCUCGUGGCUGCAAUCGUUCAGGGGCAAGACGGAGGAGGAGAAGGCGGAGGGGCUGAAGCAGACGCUUGCGGCGGUGGAGCACAUGGAGGCGGCCUUCAAGGAGUUCUCCAAGGGCAAGCCCUUCUUCGGAGGCGACAGCGUCGGGUACCUGGACGUCACGCUGGGGGCCCUUGUCGCGUGGGUGCACGCCGGCGAGAAGCUCUAUGGUUUCAGGCUCUUUGACGCCACAAGGAGCCCGCUCCUGAACGCGUGGGUGGAGCGGUUCGGCGCGCUCGACGCGGCCAAGGCGGUCCUGCCGGAAGCAGACAGACUGGUCGAUUACGCCAAGAUGAGGCAGGCCGACGCGGCAGCCGCUGCCUCAAACAACUAGAUUGGCUCUGCGGUAAUCGUAAUUGAGACAGAGAAAGAUUCGAUCGGAUAUUCUAUCCCUGAAAAAUAAUAGAACAGUUUGCUCUCUGUGCAAGUGAUUUAGAAAUAAAGAAGAUGGGCUUUGUUUCACUUUCA